UUACCCUUAAGACUUCUAUACACUCUUCAACGCGCCUGCGCCAAAAUAAGUCCCGUGCGUCGCAGAGAACAGGGGGAAAGGAAAUGAAGAUGUGUAUUCUGUCUUCCUUUUUUAGUUUUCUCCUUUUUCAUGCGGUUCAUCAACUCAAUAUUCCGGUUACGCAAAUGCCUCUUUUGUUGGGCGCAAAAUCUGUGUAGUUUUGAAGGAAAGGAAACCGGGGGAAAAGUCUCAGAGCGCACAGACGGAGUUUCGGGAACUUGGAAAAGGCGCGUACGAAAUGAGCAACGGAACCAUUUCACAUUUACGGAUGGAACCCACUGUCCCUGUGGUCAUGUUCAUAUUUGGUGUGAUAAGCAACUUGAUCGCCAUCGUGGUGCUGUGUAAGUCUAGAAAAGAGCAGAAGGAGACGAUCUUUUACACUUUGGUGUGCGGCCUCGCGGUCACGGAUCUUUUAGGCACGGUGCUCGCGAGUCCUGUCACUAUUGUCACCUACGUAAAGGGCUCCUGGCCGGCUGGAGAGCCUCUGUGCCAGUAUUUCGGAUUUGUCCUGCUCUUUUUCUCUUUGGCUGGCCUGAGCAUCAUCUGUGCUAUGUCUGUGGAGAGGUAUGUGGCUAUAAACCACGCAUACUUCUACAACGACUAUGUGAACCAGAGGCUGGCCGGUGCCACGCUUGUCGCCAUCUACGUCUCCAACGGGGUUUUCUGCGCCCUCCCGAGCCUGGGGUUCGGCCGAGUCACCAUGCAGUAUCCUCAGACAUGGUGCUUCCUAGAUUGGAGGACCGAGAAGACUUUGCAUGCCGCCUUCUCGUACAUGUACGCCGGUGUCAGCUUUGUGCUCAUCCUGGCCACAGUGAUCUGUAAUGUGGCGGUUUGUGGCGCACUGGUGCGGAUGCACCGCAGGUUUGUACGGAGGAUGUCGUUGGGCAGCGAUCAGGGCAGAGCCACGGAGGUCGGCAGGAAGCGCAGCUGCAGGCGCCUGGCAGGAGCCGAGAUCCAUAUGGUCGUGCUGCUCAUCGCCACAUCUGCCGUGGUGCUCGUUUGCUCCAUUCCUCUUGUUGUGCAGGUGUUAAUCAACCAAAUAUAUAAGGUUCCAGUGGAGAAACGGUUGGACAAAAACCCGGACCUUUUGGCUAUACGAUUUGCUUCAACCAACCCGAUUCUAGAUCCAUGGGUCUACAUACUACUUCGGAAAGCGGUCCUCAUCAAACUUACAAAAAACAUCAAUUAUCUGUUCUGCAAGAUUGUUGCUCGUGGGCAGCAGAGACCAGUAGAUUUCCACUGGCUGGAACGACAACACGCGUCCUCCAUUAUCUCCAAAGACUCGCUAUCACUUGUCUCUCGGAAUAUGAGGGAGGUCAGAAGCAAUUCACAGACUUUUCUUUAUCCCUCUGCAAUAACUGAGCCCUACAAAGACACCUGCAUUUUAAGUCACAUUGGAUCUUCUCCAUAUUCUACCAAACACUUUGAUGCAGAGUUCUAUAAUAUGAACACUUUAGAAAGUGAGGCACAAACAUGCACUAUGACCCACACAAGUCAUCCUUCAUGCUUAAAAGAACUGGAUCCCUAAAUUACAUAGAUAUUGUGAAUUUUCUGCUUGUAGUAUUGAAAACCAGGUGCAGUGGCAUCUGUACAUGUAGUUACGUUUAAGUAUUUUUGUUAAAUUGUAUUUGAACCAUUUUAAUGGCAGCUGUGACAAUUUCUUACUAAAGGACAUUUUAGUCAUGAUCCAAUCAUGUUCUACAGUACGAAUAAAACUUUAAAAUACCCUAACUAGCUACAUACUGUAAUAAUACACUUGUUUUUCCAGCAGGGUUUAAACUGGUCACUGCAUGAUCAGAUAAACUGUGCACAAACAAACCUAAAAAAAAUAUGUUUGUCUUAAAAAUCAGGGUGGCAGUUAUUGAGAGUUCCAAUUCCCAUAGAAAUGUUAUUUUCUUACAUAAAUAAAUUCAAGCUGUAAUGUGACUCUAAUUUAAGGCCCAGUAAGCAUGUUGACGAACUCUGCAAAAGAGAAUGUAAGAAUGUCAUGAGAAUGAGAGGCACA